AGACACCAAGGAUGAAGUCGUUCUGCUAGCAUAUGAACGACGCUGACAACAUGUGUAAAUGUAAUUUUAAAAGAGAAAAAGACAGUCUCACACGUAGCCGUGUGGCAGUGCUCCUAAGCCUGUGGACGGCACCGCGUCGCUAUGUUGUCAAGUUUCUUUCCCAGCGGCAAACAGGAAGUUUUUUUUAUAUGACGCCAGUCAUGUGAUGCAUCUCAAAGAAGGAGGAGCGCGUCGGUGAGGGUCGAGUCGCGUGUAGGCGCUGAGAAAAGAUCAAAACGAAGAAAAGGGAAGGGAGAAACAUGCUUCUUUUCUCCUCACAAGUUUCCAGUCUUGGACGGGGCUGUCAACACCAGGACCGGAUGUAGCGCCCGACGUUGCCUGGCAGACACUUCGAUGAUCUAGUCUUUCUCGAAUGACACUUGAGUUACACUCCGUAGCGUGUUUUUUGUUUUGAUAAUGCAGACAGCGGCACUUUACUUUCUCCCCCACAUGCUCCAACGUGGACGUUGGGCUCGCUGAAGGACUGAGGCGGCCCAAGUUGAUGGUGUUAGCAUCCCGGUUGACAUCAUGGUGGACCAAGAGGAGCUGGAGGAAAGAUUGGGGAAACUGCUUGUGAGGCUGAAAACCCCCAAAGAGGACAGACCACUCAACACCCUCAUUCAAAUCAUCCACGACCUGAUUUUCCUGGCUCAUACAGACCACGCUGAGGAAUUGUUUGCUGACAAAAAUGUCCACGACCCACUGAUACGGGCGCUAUCAUCAUACAGCAGCAGUAAAGGAGUCCAACAGGCAGGCUGGUCGCUGCUAUGUCAACUGAUAGAACUGUGCCCCGGCUUGCUGGAUCAGCUGACCAAACCUUUGCAAGAGGGGAAAGAGUGGGACGUACUGGGAGUUCACCAACAGAUUCUGAAGGCUCUGUCCCAGUUCAGCAGUGACAGUAAAGUGGUGAUGGUGGGACUGCGAGCUCUUGCUCUUUUACUUCACUCAGACACUAUAGUUCUUCGGGUGCUGGAGGAAGAGGACGUGGAUGUGUUUGGUCUGGUGGUGCAGGCAAUGAAAACCUUUUCCUCCAGUGAGGAAGUUCAGCUGCAAGGAUGUCGGGCUUUGCAGUUGCUCGUCGAGAGAGUGAGCGAUGAGCACCUGGUGGAGUUUGUGGAGAACCAGGACCAUGUUGCAGUUCUUUCAGCAAUGCAGAGGUUCCUGGACAAUCCUCUUCUUGUCCUUCAGGCCAUGAAAGUGCUGCUCCCUCUGGCUCAUCCUAGCAGUAAUGUUGAGAUUCUAAUGUCUGGUGGUACUCGGUGCUACAGUUUGCUAAUCGCAGCAGUGGAUGCCUUCCCAGAGGAGGAGGAGCUACAGGAGACAGCUUGCUGCCUUUUCAGAUGCUUCACCUCAGAAAGCUACUACAGCAUCCUUGUACUGAACGGUGUUCAGAGAGUUGCUGUGAGAGCUUGUGAGGGCUUCCCAAACAACGCAACGCUGCAGGCUGCUGCUCUCUCCUGCCUGGCCGAUCUCACUGCAACAAUGGUACAAAACAAAGCUGUGGCUGAACAAGGUCUGGAAGAAGGAGAGGAGGAGGAGAACAGGGGCAGAGAGGAGGUGGUUGACAUGGGCCUCAGCUGGAUGGCAGCUUGUUCUGCAGCACUGGACCUGCAUGCUGCUGAUCCAGCAGUUCAGGAGGCUGCAAGUUGGGCCAUCCACAGUCUUUUGCUGCAUGGUGCCAUGGUACAUGAUUCAGUAGAGGGCCAAGACAACAGGACUCCUGUCCACAGGCAGUUGAUGGCUGCAAUGCUUCUACACUCCUCUUCCCCGCAAGUAUUUAAAGCUGCUACCAGUGCCAUUGCAACACUUCUCACACACAACGGUAAAAUGCAGUCUCUGCUGCUGUCAAGUGGUCUCCAUGUCAACCUGGUGGAGAUGAUGAAGAGACAUCCAACUUCUGUUGAAGUGUGCAUUGGUGGCUGCAGACUGCUCAAGCUACUCUUCCAGGGGCGGUCUGCAAGCCUUGAUGAGCUUAUCAUGACCAUGAGUCAGAUCUUGAAUGUCAUGAAAGUUCACAACUUUCAGCUCGAGGUACAGUUGGAGGCACUGCAGGCCAGCCUGGUCUUCCUCUGCCCAGACAGGAGUUUACACGAGCACGGUGUCUCAGUGGCGGACCCUGAAAUGGCUGAUGUCUCCCUCCGGGUCCUCAAGAACCAGUGUGUUUUGGAAGGGGCUCACACGGUAUACUUGGAGGUUUUGAACAGGUUCAUCAGCAGUCCAAUGAUCCAAAAGUUUGGGAUGAAGGUUCUGUCCUCUCUGGCUGACUGCUCUGGUGCUGUGGAUCUUCUGUGCCAGCAGGGGGCCAUAGACACUGUGCUUCAUACGCUACAGAUGUUUCCAAAGGAGAGGGAGAUCCAUUACUGGGGUCUCAUUCUUCUUCAUUAUCUCGUAACCAAGAAGAAACUGUCUCGCAUGAUUGUGCCUGUAUUGGCUUCCAUUGUGGUGGAGCUGCUCGUGCAGUACAAGGAAGAUACUGAGAUGCUUCUGAAGUGUUUCCAGGUAGCUUUGCGGAUGCUGGAUGCCUGCUCAGGAGCUGCUGCUGAACUGCACAGAGAAGACUUUGAUCGCCACAUUUUCUUCCACCUCAGAGGGAACAAUCUGGAUCAGAGCAAAAAUCGGUUGCGUAUGACUGUCGGCUUGGCUCUGUCCAAAAUGUGGAGUAACUGUGAGCUACGCUACAGCAUGCUAGAAAAGGCCUGCGAAGACGGGGACACUAUGAUGGCUGAAUGUCUGAUUGAGAUGGGGGCCGACGUCAACAAGAAGACUAAGGCAGAAUCUCUCAUCUAUCAGGUGUGUGAGCGAGGAGGGCCACUAGAACUUGUGGAACUACUGCUCAGCCAGGGAACCCAUGAGCAGCACCUCCGCAGGGCUUUGGCCGUGAGUGUGAAGAGGGGAGACGGGCCAACUGUCAUUCAACUGCUGGCUCGUCUUGGUCUGGAUCUCAAUAAUGGUGCUCUGUGCCUGGGGGGUUUCCGGUUAAGCCGACUGGAGGCGACCUGGUUGAGCCCACUGCUCGCAGAGCGAGGCCGAGCUUACAGUCUACGCUGUGGUUCUAGUAAGGGUUCAAGUCUGGCCAGAUACAUCCAGUCUUGCCAGAGGUCCAAGAGUUUCAGCAGUCCUCUCAGGUGUCUGACUGACCCAUAUCUAACCUCUGGCUACAUUUCUGACGGGAGUGACGACUCCAGCUUCAGCUUUGUCUCCAUGGAUGACCGCAUGUUGGAUGACAUGGAGAGCGAUGGUAGCGACUCAAUUGCAGGUGCUCUGUCUCCGAAGCCACUCAACAAGUCGUCAGAGGAGCUGCGGGGCGGCUCUGUGAACAGGAAUCAGGGGCGCCGCCGACAUGCCAGUGCAGAGAGUGGCCAGACAGAGAAAGAACACAAUGAUCUGGUUCACAGGAGAUACAGCAGGAACAACUCUAAAUUGCUGGGGUCACUGGAGGUCUCUGCCGCUCUGUCCAAAGAUAAGGAGCGAAUCCGUCUGUUGGACCUGUCAGGAAAUGAGCUGGAAUCUCUGUCCUGCCUGAUGGACGACGGCUUUGUCCUGCAUCAGCUGAGACAUUUGCUACGCCUUGACCUGAGCCACAACAACUUGUUGGAGUUCCCUUCUGCUCUCUGUGAGAGUUUGAAUAGUCUGACCCGCUUGGACCUGCAAGGGAACAAGCUGCGCUCUCUACCAGUGGAGCUGCUUGCUCUCCCUUCGCUGAGCAUCCUCAAUGUCUCCCGAAACUGUGUCGGACCGGUGCUGAGCUUUGACCCCGCUGUCACAUGUGCUUCGAUGAGACAAGUUAACUUGUCUUUUAACAAAAUCACCAUGUUUCCUCAAGACCUGGGCUCCGCCAUGAAUCACCUGGAGGAGCUGGUGUUGGAAGGUAACUGCAUUACGGAGCUCUCCGCUCCUCCAUCUCUGCCUGAGGUCAAACUGCUGGAUGUGAGCAAGAACUGUGUGGAGACUAUCGCUCCAGACUUCUUGACUGGCUGCCCCAAAUUAGAAAUCUUCAACGCCUCCACGAACCACAUAAGUUCUCUAUCCCAUCUUCCUUCAAGAGUUGCAACCCUAAAACUAGCAAACAACAGCUUCACCUACAUCUCAGCAGCAGUACUUGAUCUCCCAAAUGUGCGGUCCGUUGAUAUGAGAAACAAUAACAUCGCAGUCCUUCCUGGUCCUGCCUUCUGGGCGUCCAGCAAUCUUCGAGAACUGAUGUUCAGUCAGAACUGCAUCACCUCUAUGGAUCUGAAUGGACCCAUCUACAAGUGGGCCAAACUGGAAAAACUCCACCUGAGUGGCAACAAGCUGACAGAGAUCCCUUCGCAGAUUGGUCUGUUGGAAGCGCUGACAUCUCUGGAUUUCAGCCACAACUCUGGCUUAAAAUCAUUCCCUGAUGAGAUGGGAAAACUGGCAAGACUUUGGGACCUGCCUCUUGAUGGUCUUCGACUCCAACUAGAUCUGAAACUGAUUGGCAGCAAAACUAAAGACAUAGUCCGGUUUCUCCAGCAGCGGCUGAAGAAAGCAGUGCCUUAUUAUCGGAUGAAGGUCAUUGUGGUGGGGAAUGCCAGCAGCGGGAAGACCACCUUGAUGCAGCAGCUGAUGAAGCUCAAACGCUCCCAGAUCAACUCUAAGCAAACAGCAGUUGGCAUCGAAGUCCGUGACUGGACCAUUAGGGAAAGGGACAAGAAGAAGAUGGUGUUGAACGUCUGGGACUUCUCAGGUGAUGCAGAGUUAAGUGGCUCUCAUCCACACUUCAUGACAUGCAAAGCUCUCUACCUGGUUGUGCACAACCUGAGUCAAGGAGCUGCUCAGGUGGAGGAUCUGAAACCCUGGCUCUUUAACAUCAAGGCAGUAGCUCCUCAGGCACCUGUCAUUCUAGUGGGGACACAUGCAGACGUAUGUGAGGACUUCCAGCUUCAGGCAUGCUUGAAGAAGAUCCGUGAGGAGCUGCUGAACCACCAGGGCUUCCCGACCAUCAAGGACUACCACAUGGUCUCUGUCUUUGAUGACUCUGAUGCACUAGCCAAACUGCGCAAAGCUAUAGUCAGGGAAGCCACCAGCUUCAAGAUCCAAGGUCAGCCAGUGGUAGGUCAGCUGGUCCCAGACAGCUACGUGGAGCUGGAGCGCCGAUUUCUGCAAGAGAGAAGCCGAGUUGACCCGGAGUUCCCCGUGUUGCGGCACCAGGAGGUUCUACAGCUGGUCCAGGAGAGUCAGCUGCAGCUGGAGGAAGCUGAACUGUCGCAUGCUGUAGACUUCCUCAGUGAAGCAGGAAUUUUGCUUCAUUUUGAUGAUCCAGCACUGCAGCUACAGGAUCUUUACUUCAUCGAUCCACAGUGGCUCUGUAAUGUUAUCACGCAGAAACUUACUUUUAAGAGCUCUGGUCUUCGGGAGCAUCCUAGUGGAGUUGUUCAGCGCUCUGCAGUGGAAAAGUUCUUGUUUGAGUCCAGAUGUUUCCCUAAAAGCCACAUGAUGCAGUUCUUCAAACUCCUGGAGAAGUUCCAGAUCGCUCUGCCUUCUGGUGAAGACCAGCUGCUUGUGCCCAGCAGUUUAUCUGAUCAGCGACCAGCGAUCGAGCUGCCUCACUGUGAGAACUCUGAGCUCAUCGUACGUCUCUAUGAGAUGCCGUACUUCCCUAUGGACUACUGGUCCAGGCAGAUAGGGCGCCUGCUGGAGGUCUCCUCAUAUUUGCUUUAUGGAAGAGAGAAAGCAACAAGACCUAACCGGAUCUAUUGGAGACGCGGUGUCUACCUCAGCUGGUCGACUGAGGCGUACACUCUGGUGGAGGCAGCCUCUCUGGAGGAGCAGCCCUCCAGCUUUGUCAGGAUCACAGUGCCUUCUUCACGAAAGGGGCGGGUACUGUUGGGUCAGGUGUUGGAUCACAUCGACUCACUACUGGAGGAAUGGUUCCCGGGCCUCCUGAACACAGACAUGCAUGGCAGUGGAGAGUCUCUGCUGAAGAAGUGGGCUCUUUACAGCUACCAGGAUGGACAGGAGUGCAGCAAGAUCUCGCUGGAGGAACUCUUCAACUAUUUCGACAAAGAUUUCUUGCUGGAGGACAAAGAGGACCCGAGGAACAAACUCCCCAUCUCUCAGAUUGCUCCUGACCUGGUUUUAAGUGACCAACCGGCAGCCACGAUACUGGACAAUGAAGAGCUACAUGUGGACCUGUCGAAAGAGAACCGUCUUGGGGGUGGCGGCUUUGGGACCGUCUACCGAGGGAUCUACAAAGACGAGGAAGUUGCCGUAAAGGUAUUCAACAAGCACGCGUCCGAACUUUACACCCACAGACUCUUGAGACAGGAGUUAGCGGUGUUGGGUCGCCUCCGACACCCAAGCCUGGUUGGCCUGCUGGCGACCGGUCCAGCUCCUCACGUCCUGGUCAUGGAGCUGGCUCUCCGUGGUUCUCUGGACUCCCUGUUUGAACAUGAGAAUGGCAGCCUGAACAGGAAGCUGCAGCACCGGAUUGCCCUGCAUGUAGCUGAUGGACUCAGGUACCUGCACUCCUGCAUGAUCAUCUACCGGGACCUCAAACCCCACAACGUGCUUCUGUUCAACCUGAAGACCAGUUCGGAAAUCAUCGCCAAGAUCACGGACUACGGUAUUGCUCAGUACUGCUGCAGCAUGGGAGUCAGGAGUGCAGAAGGAACACCAGGCUUUCGUGCACCAGAGGUCGCCAGAGGAAACAUCAUCUACAACCAACAGGCUGAUGUGUUUUCUUUCGGCCUCCUUCUCUACGACCUGCUGACUUGUGGCGAGCGCAUCUUUGACGGCAUGAAGUUCCCCAGUGAGUUUGAUGAGGUGGCUGUGCAAGGCAAACUUCCAGAUCCAGUCCAACACUACGGUUGCUCUCCCUGGCCGGGUUUCCAGACUCUGAUGAAGGACUGUCUGAGGGAGUGUCCUCAGGAUCGACCCACAUCUGCUCAGGUGUUUGAUCGGCUGAAUUCAGGGGAGAUGCUGUGCUUGAUGAGGGAGCUGGUGGUUCCCAGGUUGUUCAGUGCCGAGUGCUUCACGGUAGGUACUGGGAACAGCGACGCUGUGGCUGGGUCGGGCCACAAAGCCUGGCUGGGAGGCGGCAGCAGCACCCAGAGGAAAGGCAGCAUCACCGCAGUGGACCUGAACACGAGCUGCACCACCUCGCAGGAAGUUGACCUCAGUCCAGUCCUGUGUCUUGUAGCUGUCCAAAUCCCAGGUGAGGCAUGUGAUUGGCUGGUUGCGGGAACCCAGUCUGGGUCACUGGUGGUGGUCAGCACACAGGACAUGUCUACAUGGCACCACCUUCAGAGUGUUUCGGACGCCGUCACUUCGCUUUUCUUCCAUGUACAACCUCGCCGCACCCAGAGAAAAAAUUAUUUGCUAGUCGGGACUGCAAACGGAAUUCUGACGGUCUAUGAGGACUCCGUUCUCAAGCAGGAGGAUGGCCAGCCGGUCAAAACUGUCUCUGUUGGAACCGUCAACACUCCAGUCAUGUGUCUUGGACAGUCCCUGUACGCACUGGACAGUCGAUCUGUUUGGGCCGGCUGCGGAACCAAGAUCCUGAGCUUUGCAGCCGACUACGAUGUUUGCAAAACCAUCGACACGAGACCCAACCUUAUCUUCCAGCAGCAGCACUCGCUGGCAGGAGAGGCCAGUGUCUACAGAAUGGUGGUGGAUAAACAUGUGUACUUGAGUAAAACUGGAACUGCGACUGUGGAAGUCUGGGACAAGAAGAGUGAGAGGAUGGUGGACUCCAUCAACUGUGCACAAAUCAUCAGGCGUGACUCUCAGGGCAGCAGAUUGGACGUUCGAGCCGAAGCGUCUCCGCCCUGGGCGCGGGUCAAGGCCCUGCUGGUGCAGGGGGCUGCAACUCUUUGGAUUGGCACUAGAGGGGGCUACCUGCUCUUGCUGGAGCUCUCCAAGCACCAGCCUGUGCAGGUCAUCAAUCCUCGGUGUAGCUCUGUCCGCUGCAUCGCCUCUGCUCUGAUCGAAUCACUGAACUGGAAGAACGUGGUUCUUGUGCUCGGCAGACGACUCCCACAAGAGAAGAGUCAGUCUGACGAGGAGUCAGUGCUGAUGGUGUGGAACAGCUUGCUGCCAAUGGAGGUCAAGGACCUGAGCAAACACUGUGGGAAGAGAGAGCAGAUCGCCUGCAGAAUGAGAGAGCAGCUCCACCUGGACUGAGACUGCAGGUCUCUGAUGGAAAAGAGAUGUGUGGACUCCAGCCGCUGUUGCCAGAGCUGAAGCAGCAAGGUUCUCCUCCUCGACCCUGAGGUGACACGUUGCCAAGACUUGUAAAAAGGGACAGAGCCACUUGACUCCACUCAUCAAGCGUUUACGGUGGAAUGAAGAAACUGGAAAUGAAGCCAAAGGAAUCAAAGCCUGACUCAGUGUUUUUCACGCUCGUGCUGCCAUUUGUACUUGUGUCAUGUUUGUGCUCAUGAUUAAAAGCUAUUUAUA